AUGUCUCCCUAUGGAUCUCAUGUUCAACUUUGCCAGAGAACGGGAUAUCCGGCCUACGUAAGAAAGUGGAAGACAGCGAUGCAGGAAGCGUACAAGCUAGUUUCAAAAUCAGCUCAGCUUCAAAAUCAGCUCAGCAAGCCGCAGAGAAGAGAAAGAAGCAAAGCAACAAACGAAUUCGAUCAACAGUCCUUUCUCCAGGUGAUCGCCACUGAGGUGAUCGCUGAGAAACCUCACUCCACGGGCAGGUCCAGGAAGACUUCAGGGGUUCUGGGAAGACGAAAUCCAUGUAGUAAUGACAUAAAGUCAGGAUCUGGACGUGGAAAAAUAAAAACACUACCUCGCAACCUGUUAUUACCUCCCACCAGAGCACGGCGCACAAAUUAACGAGUUGGUCAGGACAAAGAACAGUAAAACAAGUCAACGAAGAGAAAAGCUAAAACCGAGAAGACAGUUGUCUGAAAAUCACGAACAAGUUGACACAGAUUCGGAGGGAGAGGAGAGACCAUCUGCACUGCCAAAUGAUAUGGAAGAACUGAACGCACUGUAACACUCACAGCACAGUGGAACGUCCGAAGACACCGAGAGAAAUCCAGUGACACCAAGUGAGACAAGCGAACAAGAAGACGGAAACCCCAUAAUGAAGAACAAAAUCUCACAGCAGAGAGUAUGUACUACAGUCGAGAUUACAACGGAGAACCCCAUCACCCAAACCCAAUCGACGACAAACGAACAUGAAAAUGUGAUCAAAGCGGGAAAUAACGGCGAAGAAACUGCUAGAUUUUAUCCGCAACCACAACGAGCUCGACAACCGCCAUCACGUUUUGGAUAUAACACACGUGGAAAUCCGGCGACUGGCGUGUUCAAUGUAUGGCAAAACCCCAUCGUUGGAAUGAUGCAGACAUACGACUUCCCACCACCACAACCGCACCUAUUUUACGGUUACCCACCAACUCCACCACCAGCCCAUUAA